AUGGAAAAUUCUAGUGCUAUCCCUGAACAAAUAAACUUACAAACUGAGGAUGUUUUGGCAUCAGAUAUAUCUGAUAACACUUCAAAUUUUGAUGAUAUUCUCAUGAAAGAAAUUUCAUCACUUAAUGAGAGUCAAUCUGAUAAGGAGAAAGUUAUUACUCCUGAUCCUAUAACCAGAAUAGAACAUAGCUCAACCCAAGUUCAAAAAACUAAAUCAUCUACAAUCUCUUUGUCACAAAAUAUUGUUAAUGAUGAUAUGGAUGAGAUCCUUGAUUUUGUAGAAAUAAAACAUAAAGAACAU